AUGACAGCUGCUCAUGAAGAUAAAUAUUUUCCUGCUAGACUAAACGUGCCCUUAUAUCCUGAAUUGUCCGAGGAAGAGGCAAAUGUUAUGCAGACGAAACUUUACAUCGAUGAAGAAAAGCAUGAUAUAAGGUUUUGAAAUACCUUCAAUUAAUUAAAAAAAUGUUUGAUUCUGCUUUGUAUGAUAUGAAGAAUUAUGCAAGUCUCGAGGGGGAUGGGGAGGGGAGGGGAAGAGGGUAAAAAUAAGGAAGCCGAAUCCAAUAAUUGCUGAAUAAUUGAUCAAAGUUACGCUGAACUGUCAUCAGGCAUAUGCAAAAUCUCUUAUCUUUACGCCAAGCUUCACUACAUUUUGCCAGAUAUCGACGAGUGUUCUUCCAAUGCCCACAGCUGUGGCGUCAAUGCGGUGUGUAACAAUACUGUUGGAUCGUAUGCAUGCGCAUGUAAAGCAGGAUAUUCAGGAGAUGGAAGAAAAUGCACUGGUAAGGCGUUUUGAUCUUUUUCUAAAGGUGACUUAGAAGAAAGGGAUACUGUAAAUGACUCCUGUGUAAACUUGUUCAUACUCGAGUACAGACGAAAAAGGUUUUUGGUAGGUCAGACAACAACAAAACCAACAACAGAAACAAUCAUAUACUUUUUUGAAAAUGAAUUAACUUAGAGUACUGGAUGCCUGGUAUAGCCGUUAGACAACCAUUAGUAGCGAGGCAGCCAGAUGAUGUGAUCAUUAAAUGAAAAUAACCCAUGAAGCCCGUAAGCAGCAGUCUUUCGCGUGCGGGGUCUGGGGCGCUGGUUUCGGAACGAGGAGGGUACGCAGAUGGGACUGUUAUGACUAGAAGUAUUAUCAUAGAUUUGGGAGUGCCUUCGACAUGGGUAAUAUAUUGCCGAAAAUAGAACCUGAUAGGUAACGUGAAGGCUAAAACGGUGUGUUACGUUUCAUUUUCUGGGUUUAAUUCGCAUUUUGCCUAUUUUGUUCGUUCAUUGUGGAGCGCUGUUUUGUGAGGAGUUUGAAUGGCCUGAGAAAACAGCCGAAACUUCGCGACGUUACCGCUGUUUUCCCCACGAAAUGAUAUCUGAGAAACGAGCGCAAAAUUUCCACCCUGAUGACGCGCCACUACCUAGCUGUGAGUAGUGCUUCUGAUUAGUUGAAGCAAAUUUUCAGCCAAACAGAUCCAGGUAGUGACGUCAUCAGGAUGGAGUUAUAAAGGAGCUGAGAAGCAUAUUGUGAACUUUGAUUUGUGGGGAGUUUUAGUUGAUAAAUCAGGUUGGAUAACAAAAUUAGCAGUUUGUGUUUUCUUUGAUAAAGUAUGGGUAAAUAGUAGAGACAGGAUCAAUGCAUUAUUCAAAGUACUUUCAUCGCGACUCCUUCUUCUUUGGAUAUGUGAAACUUUGGAGGGCUCUUCGCAAAGAAAAAUAAACGUCAACACGACGCACUUCAGCGCGUCCACGAAAAUUGGCAGUAACCUUUCAAACUCUAGCCUAAGAAAACAGCCGACAUUUCAAGACGCUACAACUAGUUUCCCCUCGAAAUGACGUUCCAGAAACGAGCUCAGAAACUCCAUCCUCAUGAUGCGUCACUACCUAGAUCUGCUUGGCUGAAAAUUUGCUUCAGCCAAUCAGCAGCAAUACUCACAUCUGGGUAGUAACGCGUCAUCAGUAUGGAAAAUCUGCGCUCGUUUCUCAGACGUAAUUUCGUGGGGGAAAAAAGUGGUGGCGUCGCGAAAUUCGACUGUUUUCUCAAGCUAUUGAAACUCCUCACAAAACAGCGCUCCAUAAUGAAAAAACAAAAUAGGCAAAAUGCGAAACCCAGAAAAUGAAACGUAACACAUCGUUUUAGCCUCCACGUCACGUAUCAGGUUCUAUUUUUCGGCGUUAUGCCUGUGUGUUAAAUCUCAAUUCUAUGAGGAGCAGAUCAAGGAAAAUUUUUAUUAUUACUUAUUUUCAAGCUGCCUGCCGAGAAACAUGUUUUAUUUGGGAAAUUUAAGUGACAUGCACAUGGCUGAGCAGAUGACGCGAUCACUAGACAAAACUUGCUAAAAAAUAAUUGAAAGUCAUCCCUCGAAAUAAACCACGCGCUUAUCAUGUGACUAUUUCAUUUUCAUUUGGUCCUUGUUUGCAUAUAGUGAAAGUACGUAUCGCCUCAAUUCAAGGGAAUUUCUUGUGGCAUGCUUUCAAACUCUUCGUCUUCGCCAAAAAGUGUUCAGUUCUGAUUGGUCCCCAUAGAAUUUCUUUGCCUUACUUAAGUACGUUCACAGCUCGACAACGAAAGGGAAACGUUUUUGCGAUGAAAAGUCCUGAAAAUACUAUUGUCAGAUACGCAACGAAAGAAAAACGCUCGUGACGCACUCACGAGAAUGGAUUGGCUGCAAAGGCUGAGAGAGCGCAAUGGACACAAGGCCCUGCAAAAAAUAUCUGUGGGAGCGCCAUCUUAGUAACCACAGGAUUGUUUGGAAGGUCAAAACGUCCUGGCUAUAUCGUGUACAGGACACCCAAAAAAGAAAAACAGCCAACCACACACAAGAUCGGGGGGGUUGCAUUCUAGUCGAGCGCAAAACUGCUACGGAAAAAUAGAUUUAGUUUAGAAAAAAAUGAAUGAUGUUAUUGUCGUCGUUCCUUUUUCCAUUAUAUUUAAAACUUGUCAAGACAGUGCAAACUCAAACAAUGUAAGUGCAUUGGUUAUUGUCCAGUAAGUGCAACGAUUGCUGAAACCUGUUUUUGAUCAAGUUUAUGUUAUUUCAGUCCGUUUCCCUUGUCUCCUGCUACCUCUUUACUGAGAAAAUGGGCGUGAUUAUACUUAUUGUUAUUUUGUUUAUUUCCAGAUAUUGACGAGUGUGCUAGCGGUACUGAUGACUGUCACAGUUCACGUGCUUUAUGUACAAACACAGUGGGAUCCUUUAAUUGUUCAUGUAACAGUUCUUACAUUGGAGAUGGCAGAACUUGCAAUCUACCAUCAGGUAAUUAGGAAAACAUAACGAGGAUAAUAUAAGUAGGAAGAUUUUCUUUUAUCAAACCUGUACACUAGUGAGUGAUGCACCAUGCGCUGACCUUGGCUGCUUGAACGGAGUUUUACGUUUAAAAUCCAUUGGCCGGUUUAAAAGGAAAGCUUUUGAGUCCUUCGACCACUGUAUGGUCAAGGGGAAUACCCUUGUUUGUUAACGACGUCCUGCAGGAAACGGCCUUGAGAUGGCACAGUAUUCGGCUCGACUUGUGGGCAAGUCUACUUUAGUGCAAUUUAUACUGUUACUUUAAGGGGGGUCGACUUUCUCAAGUUUGCUAAUUAACUGCGAUAGCAGUCACUAUCUCUAUGAAAAACCGAACAACGAUAACGAAGCGAGUUAUAAGAAUUACCUAUAAGAUUAGGAAAUACACGUGAAUAAGUUUCUGAGUCAGAAGUACACGAACAAUUAAACGAUCACUGUGUUUUUUUUUUGUUGUUGUUGUCUUUGUUCAUUUCCGUUUUGAUGGUAGUCUUAUGGAGUCUUAAGAGUUGUAUUCUUGAUUUCGGUUUUGUAAAACAAUCAGCAUAGUGCCCGCCAAACAAAUCUUGCGGUGCAAUAUUUUGAACAAGAGGGUAGGAUAAUGAGGACCCUGCUACGCGUCCUUUUGUCACUGGUCAAAUAACGGAUUCAAAGAUCGACUUUUUUGCGUAUGUUCUACAGUAUUUUGUUUUUCUUUGUUUGUUUUUACCCUUACGAAGAUUUUAGCUACUUGCAAAAAAAAUGGCUCAAAUGGCGAAUUAUUGCCUACGUCAUGAAGCCGAGCAAGACGGGAAUAGCUGACCCUUAAGCUGUAUCGGGCAUCCGUGCUCAAUGGGUUUAGAAACUACGUUUUCAUUAUAAGUGACCUUGUAUAAAUAUACUAUGGUGGUUAUGCAGAGUGCUUAUAAGAAAAGACCUUUCAGUUAACAGUCUUUUGACAAUAUAACUGGCACAGAAAAAAAUCUCAAACUCUAGCGAAUCUUUGUACGCAAAAGGCUUAUAAUCAAUUGUUAGUUGCCAGAACGUUUUUGCAAAUGUUAGUAUUGAAUGAUUGAAUCAGCUUCAUGAUUACAAAAUUGAGAUCUUUACUUGUAAUUAUUAGUUAUCGUCAAUCCUGAAAUAUUCAAGCACUUUUUUAUAUAUCCACGGGCCUAUUUUCCCUGAGAAAUACUCGGCAAAGCUAAAGGCGGUACAUGAAUCCAUGUAUUCCUGUAUCAAAACUUAACGUCGUAUGUAACAAAGAUAACUCAUCGGUUUAUACUGGCACAAGUUAUGACGAUGCCUAACAUAUACUGCUCAUGGGUAAUAGUGUUUUCUUCCUGUGUUGUUGUUGGACAACAGUGAGGAUGUGGUUGGGGAAUUUAGAACAUGAACAGUUCCCCUCUUUUACCUCGAGCUCGCCCCGUGUAAGGGAAUGCGGAUUCCAGAAUCCAAGAAAUUUUUGCUGGUGGAAUCCAGAGUCUGGACAAUUGCUUGUGGAAUCCGGAAUCCUAGGCUUUGGAAUCCGGAAUCCUUUUAAAUCCAGCAUCCAAGUUCCCUUGACAAAGACUGAAAUCCAGUACCUAGAAUCCGUAAUUCACGGCGUGGAAUCCAGAAUCCAGGACUGUCUUGGGUUCCCUUAUAUCGGGCGAUCGAGCUGAUGUACAACUAACUGAAACGUUGCUAGCGACUGAUGUUCUUUCUCCUCUUUUGUGUCAGAAUGUCAGAACUACGGAAGUCUCAACAGCGGAAGCCGAAGGACUUCGUAUUACUGGGGCAACCAUUAUUGUGAUAGCAGUCUUGGCCCUGGAUGGUUCCGUUUCCAGGGGUCUGCCGGCACAAGAAUGGCAACAUCAUGUCCACCUACCUAUAGGUGUGGUACCUAUUAUCCCGGCUGGCUAAGUGGAGGACACUCCUCAGUAGCGGACGGUCAGGUCACCAGGACGGUGUAUUUUAGACGUGGUUACAACUGCUAUUAUUACUCAAGAACCAUAAAAGUGAGAAAUUGUGGUUCAUAUUACGUGUACUAUCUUAGUGGUACACCUACUUGUAAUCUCCGUUACUGUGGCACUAACUAG